AACAACUACCUGAUAUUCUCUAUAUAACACUCAAAAUUUUAUCACAUUUUUCUCCAACCUCGUCGGUUCUUCAAACACAAUCAUUACAAUAUAUUGUAUCUUUUUCACAUUAAAAAAAAUAUAUUAUGACUAUUCACACAGCUCUUCCAAUUGUCGAAAGCUCGAUUCUCAUCGUUGGAGCUUUAGGUUUUAUUGGUCGAUUUUUAUCUUUGGCUAGUGUAAAUUCCGGUAGAUCAACGUAUAUUCUUAUUCGAUCAACUCCGACUUGCCCUUCUAAGGCAAAAUAUCUCAAGACUCUUGAAGAGAAAGGAGCUCUAAUUUUGCAUGGGUUGAUUAAUGAUAAAGAAAAAAUAGAAAAAAUACUCAAAAUAUAUAAGAUUGAUAUAGUAAUAUCAGCUGUAGGUGGUGCAAGUAUAUUGGAACAAGCCAACCUACUCGAUGCUAUUAAGGCUGUUGGCACCAUCAAGAGAUUUUUGCCAUCAGAAUUUGGUCACGAUGUGGAUAGGACUGAUCCAGUGGAACCAGGACUACAGAUGUACCGGACGAAGCGUAAGAUUAGGCGGUUGACUGAAAAUUAUGGUAUACCAUACACGUACAUUUGUUGCAAUUCCAUUGCCUCGUGGCCUUACUAUGAUAACACUCAUCCUGCCGAUGUUCUUCCACCGUUCGAUCAGUUACAAAUCUAUGGCGAUGGUACCACCAAAGCUUACUUUGUUGCCGGAACCGAUAUCGGAAAAUUUACAAUGAAAAUUAUUGAUGAUGUUCGAACCAUAAACAAGUCGGUCCAUUUUAGACCACCCUCCAAUCUCUACAACAUGAACGAUCUCGCAGCAUUAUGGGAAAAGAAAAUUGGAAGGAUCCUCCCUCGAGCCACCAUUACCGAAAACGAUCUAUUACGUGCAGCCGCGGUGAAGCGGAUACCGGAAAGUAUUGUGGCAGCACUGACACACGAUAUUUUUAUAAGGGGAUGCCAAGUAAAUUUUUCGAUUGACGGACCGAAUGAGGUCGAGAUUUGCAAUCUGUAUCCGGAGGAAAAUUUUAGAAGCUUGGAGGAAUGUUAUGGAGAGUUCGCUACAAAAUUAAAUGUUACUAAAGAUGAAAAUAAUGCUGUUGUGGCUGCUGCUCCAGAUCAUAUGGUUGAACAAUUUAUAAUGACAAGUUGUGCAUAGUUCUGCAUGGCAAAACUAAAAUUAUUUAAUGUUUGUGUGGCUGAUAAGAUAAUGGGAUUAAAGUGACUAUAAUUGUACUA